AUGGCUUCCUUCUUCCUUCCCAACGAGAAAGUCGGCAACAAGGCUGAAAGUGAAGAUUGGAGAAUUCGCGGCUACAACCCUCUUACACCGCCUGGUCUCCUCCAACACAAGAUUCCCCAGACCCCCGAGUCAAAACGCACUGUACUGGACGGCAGAGAAGAGGCUGUCGCAGUAGUCAAUGGCACAGACGAGAAGCAGAGGCUACUGGUUAUCAUUGGACCAUGUUCCAUUCACGAUCCCAAGGCCGCACUGGAGUACUGCGACAUGCUCCUCAAAGAGAAGGAGAAACACAAGGAUGAACUCUUGAUUGUUAUGCGCUCCUACUUGGAGAAGCCCAGGACGACUGUUGGCUGGAAGGGUCUGAUCAACGAUCCCGAGAUCGAUAACAGCUUCAAGAUCAACGAGGGUUUGGAGCUGUCGCGACAAUUGUUCGUGGACUUGACGAGCAAGGGCAUGCCCAUCGCAAGCGAGAUGCUCGAUACGAUAUCACCGCAGUUUCUAGCUGAUUUGCUCUCCUGUGGUGCGGUCGGUGCGAGGACUACGGAGUCUCAGCUACACCGUGAGCUCGCCAGCGGUCUCAGCUUCCCCGUCGGCUUCAAGAACGGAACAGAUGGCUCACUAGGCGUUGCGAUUGACGCUAUUGGCGCCGUUAGACACCCGCACCACUUCUUGUCAGUCACGAAGCCUGGUGUAGUAGCUAUUGUCGGAACUGUUGGAAACGACGACUGCUUUGUGAUCCUGAGAGGCGGCACCAAGGGCACGAACUACGAUGCAAAGAGCAUUGCGGAGGCAAAGGCCGCACUUGAGAAGGCAGGCGUACGGCAGAGAUUGAUGGUCGAUUGCAGCCACGGCAACUCGCUGAAGAACCACAAGAACCAGCCUAAGGUUGCCGCAGUCUUGGCAGAGCAGAUUGAGGCUGGUGAGACUGCGAUUAUGGGUGUCAUGAUCGAAAGCAACAUAAAUGAGGGCAACCAAAAGGUCCCGAAGGAGGGUAAGGCAGGUCUUCAGUAUGGUGUCAGUAUCACCGAUGCUUGCAUCGGCUGGGAUGACACUGUAUCGGUAUUAGACACUCUCGCCGCCGCCGUCAAGAAGAGGAGAGAUGCUGCCAGCCUUAACGGCCAUGCCGAGUAA